AUUGUCCUCCACUUGGUCUAGAGACAUUAAAAAUUACUGAUUUCCAACUCCAUGCCUCUACAGCAAAGCGGUAUGGCCUUGGGGCCCACAGAGGAAGGCUUAAUAUUCAGGCAGGUGUUAAUGAAAAUGAUUUUUAUGAUGGUGCUUGGUGUGCAGGAAGAAAUGACCCAUAUCAGUGGAUUGAAGUAGAUGCUCGAAGGCUAACAAAAUUCACUGGAGUCAUCACACAAGGAAGAAACUCUCUCUGGUCGAGUAACUGGGUGACCUCUUACAGAGUAUUGGUGAGCAAUGACAGUCAUGCAUGGACUGCUGUCAGAAAUGAAUCUGGAGAUGUGAUUUUUGAAGGAAACAGUGAGAAAGAGAUCCCAGUUCUCAAUAUGUUGCCGGUGCCACUGGUUGCACGCUAUAUCCGUAUAAACCCCCGGUCCUGGUUCGAAGAAGGUAGCAUCUGUAUGAGACUGGAAAUCUUAGGGUGUCCUUUGCCAGACCCAAAUAAUUAUUACCACAGAAGAAAUGAAAUGACAACCACGGAUAAUCUGGACUUUAAGCAUCACAACUACAAGGAAAUGAGACAGUUGAUGAAAACUGUGAAUAAAAUGUGCCCGAAUAUCACAAGAAUUUACAACAUUGGAAAAAGCAACCAAGGACUAAAGCUGUAUGCUGUUGAGAUUUCUGACAACCCUGGAGAACACGAAGUUGGUGAACCAGAAUUUCGGUACAUUGCAGGAGCCCAUGGGAAUGAAGUGCUUGGACGUGAGCUAAUCCUUUUGUUAAUGCAGUUCAUGUGCCAGGAAUACUUGGCUGGGAACCCACGCAUUGUCCAUCUCAUUAAGGAUACCAGAAUCCACCUCCUGCCCUCAGUCAACCCGGAUGGAUAUGACAAGGCCUAUAAAGCGGGUUCAGAAUUAGGGGGCUGGUCUUUAGGACGAUGGACUCAGGAUGGCAUUGACAUCAACAAUAAUUUCCCUGAUUUAAACUCUUUGCUCUGGGAGUCAGAAGAUCAGAAGAAGAGUAAAAGAAAAGUUCCAAACCAUCACAUCCCAAUCCCCGACUGGUACCUGUCCGAAAACGCCACCGUGGCAGUUGAGACACGGGCAAUAAUAGCAUGGAUGGAAAAAAUUCCUUUUGUGCUGGGUGGCAAUUUGCAGGGAGGAGAGCUGGUGGUGGCAUACCCCUACGACAUGGUACGGUCAAUGUGGAAAACCCAGGAUUACACACCUACCCCAGACGACCACGUCUUUCGCUGGCUUGCGUAUUCCUAUGCCUCCACUCACCGGCUGAUGACAGAUGCGAGAAGGAGAGCAUGUCACACAGAGGAUUUCCAAAAGGAGGAUGGCACUGUUAACGGAGCCUCCUGGCAUACUGUGGCUGGAAGCAUCAAUGACUUCAGUUAUCUGCAUACAAACUGCUUCGAGCUAUCCAUCUAUGUUGGCUGUGACAAGUAUCCCCAUGAGAGCGAGUUGCCUGAAGAAUGGGAAAACAACCGCGAGUCCCUGAUUGUUUUUAUGGAACAGGUCCACCGGGGCAUCAAAGGCAUAGUAAAAGAUGUGCAUGGAAAGGGAAUCCCAAAUGCUGUUAUUUCAGUAGAAGGUGUUAAUCAUGACAUUCGCACAG